AAUCCCUGGCACCAGUCGUCCCCCACUACAAUUUUCUACAUAAAGCACGAAAGAAUAAGCGAGGAGGUGGAGUUGGCUUUUACGUGAGAAAGGACAUCAAUACUCGUGUCCGUCGCCACCCAUCUUCUGGUUUGGAACAGCUUUGGAUUGAAUUGCAACUUCCUGGAGGUAAAAUGGCGCUAGGAACAGCAUAUAGACCAGAAAGCGUUUCACCACAGAUAGCCUGGGACGCAUUAAGCGAGUCUAUUAACCAGUUUGCUAACUGUGGCUACUUAUGCUUACUCAGCGACCUUAACAUUGACCUGUUACGUGAGAACUCACCUCGCGCCAAAGAACUCCUCGAUUUUUGUCGCCAACACAAUUUAAAACAAUUAGUCACAGAAGCGACAAGAAUAACUGAUCAAUCAGAGACAUUACUGGAUGUGGUUAUCACAAAUGACACUCUUUGUAGCAGGGAAGUAAUAGUGGUUCAUAAUCGAAGCUUAAGUGACCAUGGUAUGGUUUUGGUAGAUUUUAAUGUAAGGAAGCCCAAAUUUAUCAAACAAAUUAAAUACACAAGAAAUAUUUACGACAUCAAUAUAUCGCUUUUCGAGGAAGAUCUGAAGUCGAUGGCAUGGAGAUCAAUAAUGGAAAAUGCAAACGUGAAUGUAAUGGUUAAAUCUCUUAAUAAGCUUAUCAUAGACUUGUUUGAUAGACACGCGCCAAUAAAACGGAAAAUUCUUAAAUCGCCGCCGAAACCAUGGAUUACAGACACAAUAAAACUAAUGAUGGAACUACGGAACAAGGCAUUACAAAGAUCACAAAUAAAAAAAACUGAAAGCUCUAAAGAAUAUUAUCGCAGUCUCAAAAAUUUUGUCACAGCCUCUAUAGAACGAGAGAAAAAAGCAUACUACAACAAUGUUUUGAAUAAAAACUUGGAUAAACCUAAAGAACUAUGGAGUAAUAUUAGGAAAACAUCUAUUUAUGAAACCACUAACGCAGAUAUCAUCCCAGAACAUAUAAAUGAUCCUAACAUGAUCAAUGAACAUUUCUUGCAAUUGCCGGAAAAGAAUACUCACUCGGAAAAAGUAAAUGUGACAAUAAGAAGUGCAAGGCUUACCGGUGAGAAAUUUAGACUACGCCCUGCAACUGAAGAGGAGGUAAGGAAGAUCAUAGACAACAUAAAGACUAAUGCUUCAGGACACGAUACUAUAAAUAUAGAUAUGGUCAAGCUUACCUUGGAUUACACACUACCAAUUAUAGUCACAAUUAUAAAUAAGUCGAUUGAGUCGAAUACGUUCCCUUCUCUCUGGAAAAAAGCACUAGUCAGACCAAUCCCGAAAAAAAGUUCUGUGGAGCGCCUACAAGACCUACGACCGGUGUCGAUCUUGCCGGUAGUCUCCAAGGUGCUGGAAAGGGUUGUGCUGAAACAAGUUGAGGGAUAUAUACAGGAAAAGAAGAUAAUACCAAAAUACCAGUCCGGCUUCCGUAGAGGACACGGCACAGAGACGGCAUUGCUGCACGUAACAGAUGAUCUCACUGAGGCCUCGGAUAAUGGAAUGAGUAGCAUUAUAGUGCUCCUGGAUUACUCGCGCGCCUUUGAUUGUUUGGAUCCAGAACUGUUACUGUCCAAAUUGUCACAUUAUGGUUUCUCGGAUGACGUUUGUUUAUGGUUCAAGUCUUAUUUAACAGAUAGAGAGCAGAUUGUGGUUUCAGAUUGCGCGGACGGUCUAAAGAGAUACUCAAAAGUUGGGAAACUCACUAGAGGCGUGCCUCAGGGUUCCAUCCUGAGUCCAAUAAUAUUUUCUAUAUUUACAGCAGAUCUACCCAUGCACAUUGAACACUGUAAAUAUCAUUUAUACGCGGACGACACGCAGAUUUAUUACUCAUUUAGUGGUAAUAAUGUUGACGAGUCUAUUAAAAAAGUCAAUCAAGAUCUACAAAAUAUUUUAUGUUGGUCACGGAAAAACUCACUGCUGUUGAACCCGGAUAAAUCUAAAAUGGUAGUAACUGGGACAAAAAACCAAAUCCAUAAGGUAAUGAAUAGUACUGAGUCAGUCAAGAUCGAUGGUAGAUCUAUCGAAACGGUGCCAUAUGCGCGAAAUUUAGGACUAAUUCUGGACGGGGAACAAAAGUAUGAGAACCAUAUAAAUGAAAAAAUCAGGAACGCAUUUUUUAAACUGAAGCUGCUUUACAAAUUGAGGCCAUAUAUAGGAGAACACCUCCGAGUACGGUUAGUUAAUGCACUGGUAUUAUCGCCAUUCGAUUAUUGUGACUCAGUAUACGGACCAAGACUAAAUGCUAAUACGGCAAGAGCUAUCCAGCGAGUCCAGAACUCUUGCAUGAGGUUCUGUUUCAGAAUACCAAGGCGAGACUUUGUAACGCCUUAUAUGAACAAGGGGGGAAUUUUAAACAUGAGAGAACACCUCCGAGUACGCGUAAGAGAAGCAAUCAAGCUCUUCCGAGUUGUACGCUCCGUGGACUGCAAGAAAGGCGGCAUCAUUGUGCCCAUCAAACGAGUAGAAAUCCACCCCUCCUACGAAUUCGGGAAGCCGUCAUUUGACCUGGCCCUCAUCAAGCUGGCUCGACCUGUCAACAAUGCAGAAUAAAUCAAGCCCAUCCAGCUGUCAAAGAUUAAACAAGGCGUCGUCAGCGCAAAGUUCAUGACUACUUACUGGCCGAGGUUGAUUGUGAACGGCAACGUCCUUCCACACACAGCUAAGGAGCGUGUGAAGUAUCAGAGCAUGAGGGUGUCAAAACAGAAGCUGAUUCCGUGGAAGACCUGUGCGGCCAUGAUGCGGGCCAGAAGUGCUGUCCUGGAUGAGACCAGCUUGUGCCUGAAGCCAAUAGCUACACACCAUAGUGUUUGUAUGCCCGAUGUCGGCGCCCCAGUGGUAGCAGAAGACGGUCUCUGGGGCAUCACGUCAGGGUGGACCUCAAAGCAGUGUUCCAUCUACCCCAGCCCCACAAUCCUCACCAGAACCGCCAUGCCACCGGUGAGGACCUGGCUGGAGUGUGUGUGAUUAGGAGACGAGAGAACAAAUCAUACUUCUGUUGUUAAUAAUUUCAAUUCAAAAAUUUCAAAAAACAGAAAAUUAACCACAUUAUGAAGAAAAAAUUUACUUUGUAUGGAUUUUUGACGAAUUUCAAUAUCUAAUUACUGCAUGUGAUAUACCAUUAAAAAGUAGAGAAGCUAGAGAUGUUUUUAAGAUCAUAGGCAAUCCA